GCACUAAUGAGACGGAGUGGCUGGGGCUACAGGGGCUGCAGCCUGAGAGAGAAGGGAUCUGCUGUAUACAACAAGAUUUUCCACUUAUUCUGAGAAAGACGCUGGAAACGUGAGGAGGCACCGUCUUAGAUCAGCCAGCUGUGAUCAUGCGGACAGUGGUGCUGCUCCUCACAGUAGGAAUAAUGGAUUUGAGCACUGGCCAACGCUACAGCCAGAUUCAGUGGCUGUCUCAUCUGCGCAGGCAGCAGUGGCACGCUGGCUGGCAGCCUGAGGAUGUGGAUUGCCCUCUGGAGUGUAACUGUCCACCAACCUACCCCACAGCCAUGUAUUGCCAUAGUCGCAACCUUCAGCAUGUUCCCUAUGUCCCCUCUCAUAUAAAGUAUGUUUACCUGCAGCAUAACCAGAUCACGAGCAUCCAGGAUGGGGUGUUUGAUAACGCUACCAACUUGGUCUGGAUUGUGUUGCUUCACAACAAGCUUAACUCAGACAAGAUCAGCAAGAACGUCUUCAGCAAGCUCACAAACUUGGAUCGGCUCCUCUUGGAUCACAAUGACCUCACGCAUGUACCUCCUAACUUGCCCAAGUCAAUCACAGACCUGCGACUUGGCCACAACAAGAUAUCAAAACUCCUGUCCAGCUCAUUCGAGGGGAUGUCCAACCUCACCACCCUUCAUCUCCAGGCAAAUGACAUAGAGGACAUUGGAGGUGUGUUCAAGGGAAUGAAGUCUCUGACAAUGCUGGAUAUUAGGAAAAACAAGCUAAGGAAAAUUCCUAACAACCUUCCUGAGAGCUUGCAACAGCUAUACCUGGAAUUCAAUGAUAUAGAGACCAUUCCAGCAGACUUUCUCACCAUGUAUCCCAAACUACAGUUUGUCCGCUUGGCUCAUAACAAGCUGACUGAUAAAGGGCUUCCUUCCAAUGUCUUCAAUAUCAGCACACUGGUUGAACUUGACCUGUCCUUCAACAAACUGGAAAAGGUCCCUGUUGUCAGUAUGAACCUGGAGAACCUUUAUUUGCAAGGCAAUAAGAUUAAAGAGUUCUCCCUGAGCAGUUUCUGCAGUGCUGUUGACAUGUCAAACUUCUCCAGGCUGAAGAUGCUCCGUCUCGAUGCUAAUGAGAUCAGUGCCAAAGACAUUCCGGCUGAAGCUGCCUACUGUUUGCGGCAUGCUGCCUUUAUUGAUGUGUAAACCUUCCCAAUUUCUCACCCCAACAUAUCUCUAUCUGUAACACUUAUCAUGCUGCCAUCUAUCACUGUAUUUACCUUAUAUUAUUUACUGCUCUCACCUCAUGAUUGAAAUUAUGUUUGUUAAUCUUUUUGUAUUAUUAAAACAAUAAAAUGAGUCAACAGGAAAUACCACAGCUAUAUAUCACAUAUCCGGGUGGCAGGCAUGUGGAUGACAAAGAGUGAAGAGUUUUGUUAUAACGCAUGACAUUGUCUCAACAAAUUAAUCAGGUUCAGUCUUCUGGUAAAAUAGUUAGCAAUAUUAAUAACUAUUAUUAUUUUAUACAUAAAUAAGUUCUAGCCAAUGACUGCAAGAUCUGGUUGUGUCAUCUCAGGUAUAUUGUGAAA